CGUAAUUUUUUGGUGUAUAGCGCGUUGUAGCAUACUCUAUAUAAAUAAAUAACGUUUUAGUGUUGUGAUUUAAGUGUUUUGUGAUACCUCAACAAGAAAUGAAAGUGUUAUAAUAAAAAAAUUCGUUAAUAUAGGUCAUGGAAACCGAGUAAAAACGAACGAGCCGAUCUUAACUUGCGCUCUAGAGUGUGCUAGAGUGUUCCGAGUUCACCGCGAGACCUGGGGGAACUUAUAAAAAGGCGCAGUCGGCUACGAGCAAACGUCAUUUCGAAAAUAGACGCGUUCAAAAUCAGUUGUCAUCUUAAAAUAAUAAUAAUAACAAGAAAAAAGUUAGAAUAAACCCGAAACGUUUCUUUGAAUACGAAAAAAUGGUACGAACACCGGCUAUUGGAAUCGAUUUAGGUACAACUUAUUCUUGUGUCGGAGUUUGGCAACAUGGAAAAGUGGAGAUCAUCGCAAACGACCAAGGAAAUCGCACCACACCAUCCUACGUUGCAUUCACCGAUAGUGAGCGUUUAAUCGGAGACGCGGCCAAAAAUCAAGUUGCGAUGAACCCCUCGAACACCGUUUUCGACGCAAAACGAUUAAUCGGCCGGAAAUACGACGACCCAAAGAUUCAGGGCGAUAUGAAGCAUUGGCCGUUUAAAGUAAUCAAUGACGGGGGGAAACCAAAAAUCCAAAUCGAAUUCAAAGGUGAGAUAAAACGUUUUGCCCCGGAAGAGAUUAGCUCGAUGGUUUUAACUAAAAUGAAAGAGGUAGCUGAAGCUUAUUUAGGCGUAACCGUCCGCGACGCCGUCGUAACCGUCCCUGCUUAUUUUAACGACUCCCAAAGACAAGCAACGAAAGACGCCGGAAUGAUCGCGGGAAUAAACGUUUUAAGAAUCAUUAACGAACCAACAGCGGCCGCUUUAGCUUACGGAUUAGACAAAAACUUAAAAGGCGAAAGAAACGUGUUAAUUUUCGAUUUAGGCGGGGGUACUUUCGACGUUUCGAUUUUAACGAUCGAUGAGGGAUCUUUAUUUGAGGUAAAAGCAACCGCCGGGGACACCCAUUUAGGGGGGGAAGACUUCGAUAAUCGCUUAGUUAACCAUUUCGCCGACGAAUUUAAACGAAAAUUUAAAAAAGAUUUAACAAAAAAUCCCAGAUCGAUUCGAAGAUUAAGAACGGCCGCUGAACGCGCGAAAAGAACUUUAUCAUCAAGCACCGAAGCUUCGUUAGAAAUCGAUGCGUUAUUCGACGGGAUCGAUUUUUACACGAAAAUAUCGCGGGCUAGAUUCGAAGAGUUAAACUCAGAUUUAUUCCGAAGCACGCUUCAACCCGUCGAGAAAGCUUUAGGUGAUGCAAAAUUAGAUAAAAGCUCGAUUAACGACGUCGUAUUAGUCGGGGGAUCCACGCGAAUCCCAAAAAUCCAAUCUUUACUUCAAAAUUAUUUUUGCGGGAAAUCCCUAAAUUUAUCCAUAAACCCCGAUGAAGCUGUCGCUUAUGGGGCCGCGGUUCAAGCUGCGAUUUUAAGCGGGGAUACGAGCUCAAAAAUCCAAGACGUUCUUUUAGUCGAUGUAACCCCUUUAUCAUUAGGAAUCGAAACCGCGGGAGGUGUUAUGAAUAAAAUAAUCGAACGAAACGCGAGAAUUCCAUGCAAACAAACUCAAACGUUCACCACUUACGCCGAUAACCAAACCGGAGUUACAAUCCAAGUUUUUGAAGGUGAAAGAGCGAUGACGAAGGAUAAUAAUUUAUUAGGAACGUUCGAUUUGUUGGGGAUUCCCCCGGCUCCGAGGGGGAUCCCAAAAAUUGAUGUUACCUUCGAUUUAGACGCGAAUGGGAUCUUAAACGUUUCGGCGAAAGAGGUUAGUACUGGAAAAUCGAAAAAUAUCACGAUUAAAAAUGAUAAAGGGAGAUUGUCUCAAAAAGAAAUUGAAAGGAUGUUGGCGGAGGCUGAGAGAUAUAAAGAAGAAGAUGAUCGGCAAAGAGAUCGAGUUGCGGCGAAAAAUUCUUUAGAAUCGUACGCGUUUAGUAUUAAACAAACCGUUGAGGAUCAUGGGCAUAAAAUGAGCGGGGGAGAUCGAGAUAUGGUGAAAAGGGAGUGCGAGCAAACGUUGAGAUGGUUGGAUUGUAACCAAACGGCGGAUAAAGAGGAGUUUGAACACAAAUUAAGGGAAUUACAAAGGGUUUGUAGCCCGAUUAUGACGAAGUUGCAUAAAGGGGCGGGGGAUAAAAAUGGGGCGUCUGAUGGGCCGACCAUUGAAGAAGUUGAUUAAAAUGGAACAAAAUUCAUUAUGAUUCGAUUAACAACAAAAAAAUAUUAUGGAAUAAUAUUUAAUUUAAAACGGAAGAAAAGAAGCACUUAGGUUUAUAAUUACUAUUUUUUAUAUAGUCAUAUCUUUUUGUUUGGAAAUGUAAAAAAUUAAUAAAGAUAUUAAUAGAUGUUGAA